CCCAUCUCGUACCCGUCUCACUCCGAGGAGGCGUGAGCGAGCGAGGGUCUGUUCUUCUCGGGCUUUGGAAUCUAUCUUCUGAGGGUUGACGCUGGUGUUUCCCGCUGGACAUUCACCCUCUCAGUCUCAUCCCCUUCAUCUUCACUCCCCGUUUCGAAGAAGAGGACCCGCUCCUUGCGGAUGCUGCGCAGCUCGAGCUAGUCGUAGGAUUUUAGCUAAUGAAAAAGGGUGAGGGGCAGAACACACGAAGAGUCCAUCAGCUUUGCCUCCAACAGAAGGAAGAGUCGUUUGCAGGUGUAUAUGGGGCACGGAGAGGCUUCCGCCAGAGGGACGGCCAUGGAGGGCGACUGUCUCAGCUGCAUCAAGUACCUCAUGUUCGUCUUCAACUUCUUCAUCUUUUUGGGAGGCUCCUUCCUCCUGGGGGUGGGCAUCUGGGUGCUGGUGGACCCCACCGGUUUCCGAGAGAUCGUGGCAGCCAACCCGCUCCUCUUCACGGGCGUCUACGUCAUCCUGGCUAUGGGCGGCAUGCUCUUCUUGUUGGGGUUCCUGGGCUGCUGCGGGGCCAUUCGCGAGAACAAGUGUCUGCUGCUCUUCUUCUUCCUGCUCAUACUCAUCAUUUUCCUGGCGGAGCUGGCUGCUGCCAUCCUGGCCUUCGUAUUCCGGGAGCACCUGACCAGGGAGUACUUCACGAAGGAGCUGAAGAGGCAUUACCAGGGGUACAACAACACAGACGUGUUCACGUCCACAUGGAACGCCAUCAUGACAACGUUUGACUGCUGUGGGGUCAACAGUCCCGAGGACUUUGAGGACAGUCGCUUCAGGUUCCUCAACCCCACCGAGUCGGUGCCCGAGGCCUGCUGCCUGAGGAAGGGUAACCUGGGAGAUCUGAUGUAUGACAACAGAGAAGAGUGCCUCACGGGAAGCAUGAUGUAUCGCAACAACAAGGGCUGCUACUCGGCUGUGGUGGACUACUUUGAGACGUACAUCUACUUGGCUGGAGCGCUGGCCAUCGUGGUGCUGACCAUUGAACUCUUUGCCAUGGUUUUUGCCAUGUGUUUGUUCAGAGGAAUCCAAUAGACUUGCCACACUGUGUAGGAGGACUUUACAAAAGGGAAAUUGCAGAAGAAGAAGAAAAACACUUGUAAAAAUGACAAAAAUGACGACCUUUUUGUUCUUCUUUUUAUACUGGCCAAUUGGGAGAACCAACGAUGUUGAGACAACUCGUACUUCUUAGCUGGACCUUUGAGGUACUAGGAGCACUGUAAAAAAUAAGAAACAAAAGAAAGCAAGAAAAAAAGAAAAAGGAAAAAAGUGUGAAGCUGACCCUGGGAGCUGGCUGAAGCUGCAUUUCCUGAGUAGGGAAAGAGGAAGGCACUGCACUGACUUUGGGAUGAAGAAUAUUUAUAGUGAGGGAAGUUGGUUUAGCUGUAUAGAAGUAUUUGUUCAAGUAUACCUUGGCUGUGACCCCAAUGCCCUCUACCUAUCAUGCACAUUCUGUCAUGGACACGCUUAAUUCUGUUCCACUGUAUGCCCCACCCGCUUCCCCCCACCCCACACACAGAGACACGGUCACCCAGUGCUUGGAAGUUGUUUCUUGUGCAUUUUUUUAAAAAAAAAAUUUGUAUUGUGAUGUUGAUUGCAAUAGUAAUUUUAUGUGAUUUUAGCUGAAAAGUACCUGUAUGCAUUUGUAUUUGAAUCUU